AUGAAUGGGCCGAUCCGCCAAGCGCCGCCUGACUCAAUAUGCCGCGAUCACGAAAUGCGGCCUGAUCCAGACGCAUGUGGGAUCGCUGGCGCGUCCGCCAAAGCGGUCACGGUCGAGGCCGGUUCAAAUCCAGCCUGCAAUUCGCCGAUGGCCCGCGUGCCGACCAGCCGCUGCCGGCGCUGCCUAACACCUCGACCAGCUAUCCCGAAACGGCUGAACACCAAAAAUAGUUUCCUGCCGGCGGUGGGCGCGAUCUGGGACAUCACCGCCGACGACCAGCUGUUGACCAUAUCCAGAAGAAUGUCCGCCAGUUCCGGGCCUCGGUCGCGGCCGGCCUGUCGUCCCCUUCAUGGUCGGCAGCAGCGGGCCCUUCACCGAAUCAGUGGCCUCACCCGAAACCUCCCGGACCUGGGGGCGGGCCUGCGUUCGCGCCACCAUGCGCUCGACCUCAACCCGCUGACCCGAUCGAAAGGACAGAUCAGCGCCUAUCAUGUCAUUUCGACAACCGCCUGCUUCAGAUCAGCGCGACGCCGGUCAUCGCCUCGGUCAUCGGCGGCGUGUCGAUCCUUCAGAAUAUCCACGGCGCAUUAA